CAGCACAUAAGUUGACUUCUUGCUGCUCAUCAUCAUCAUCAUCAUCAUCAUCGUUCACUGUCAGCAGACAUUCAUGGCGUUCCCUCGGCUGUCUGUCUCCAUGCUGUUGGCUUCAUUGAUCCUUCUUCUCUACUGGAUGACAUCCUCAGCUCGGUCACAUGACCCCCCGUCCUCCGUCGUCUCAUCACCAUACAGGGUGAAGAGAGACCUGGAUUUGAAGAGGGGGAUGGUUUCCGGCACCAGAGAGAAAGUAGAAAAGUAUUUGGCCGUGGGAAAAAGCUUCCUGACUGUCGUCAAAGAAGUGAUUGGAAAGAGUGAUACCAAUAAGUCGUCAGCUGUGAUUAAAAGUCUUGCAGACGUCGCCAGCUUGGCACCCGGCAUCGGAGGUCUGGCUGCGUCUUUUGUCAACAUGGUCUUGAUCUUCAUCCCUCAGAAUGACCCGGUGCUGAACAAGGUGCAGAAAGGGUUUGCUGAAGUGAACAAGAAGUUGGACUCUAUCUCCAUCCACAUCUCCAACCUGGCAACAGACGUAGAAUGGUUUAACUACGCCAGCGUCUACUCUCAAGAUGAGCUCCGCAUCCUCAACUCCUGGAAGACGUUCAAUGAGCUUCUUCAGGACAGCCAGUUGGUACAAAGUGAAGAGGACAAACUCCGACUGGCUGAGAUAUUCGUCAACUACUAUGAGAACACAGGAACUGAAUCCAGUGUGGCCAACGUCUACCAUUACCUGACAGUCAAAGACACGUCUCUUAGUGAAAACCUCAACAAACUGCUGAGGAAGAAGUUUAAAUGUGACGUUCAAGAGAUUGGCAAAUAUAACGUCUAUUUCAGUCGUUUGCUGUGGAAGGGAUUGGUGCUGAACCAGUUCUACUGGAAACUGAUAGGGUUGGAUUCAUCGGGCAAAGAAGCCGAACACACCCAGAUGUUCAAGAACGUCUACAGAGCUCAGAUAUCAGCUCUGAACUACUGCCUGACCAACCACAUGCAGUACGUGAAGGAAGACGUGGUGGAGAUCAGGAAAGGAUUUAGUGCUGACAACAAAGAAGCCAUCGCUGAUGAGGUGAAAAAAGUUCUAGAUAAAAAGUACAACUGGUACAACUGGGUGGUGCUGGUGUACAACACAGCCCAGGCUGAUUAUUACAUACUAUAUAAUCUGACUAAGAUUACAGAGGACACGAUCACCGUCGCUGUGGGAUACACUCUGAUAGCAGAAGAAAUAGAUGAAAAUAAAGUUAGAAAAGUAGCCAAUGAAUGCUUUAAAGACAAAUCAUGUAAAAUUAAGGACAAAGUACGUUACUGUGGGGAAAAGUGGUAUCUUAUGAAUGGUAGACAGGUUAGAAGUGUUAUGCCCUUCUCUUACUAUGCUAAAGCAACUCAUGCUGUCUAUGGGGAAGAGUUUGCUGUGGCUCCAACACCCGUACUCCAACAUGACUGUGUGGGAAGUUACCCGUUGACGACCUAUACAAGAAAGAUUUCCAUCUAUUACUCAUGGAGGUUGCCUGUCUGCCAAAGUGGAACAUGUAGCUACAAAGGAAGGUGCAGUCGGCUGCUGGACUCCAAUGAAUGGAUGUGUGAGUGUCAAGAUGGUUACUAUAGUGAGAGAUGUGAAAAGAAAACCCCCAUUGGCAACGCUACAGCGGUCAAUAUACCAGUUGUUCCUGAUAUCAGCACCAUUGACACCAAAAUGAAAAUGAUGGAGCUCAAACUGGAAAAGAUUCUUAAGUCUAUCAAUGGCACUGCUACAGUUACAACUUGUAUAUCACAAGUUGUUCCUGACAUUGUCAAAAUUGACACCAAACUGAAAAUGAUGGAGAUCAAACUGGAAAACAAACUCAAGGAGAUUCUCAAGUCUAUCAAUUGCUAUGGUGAGAGAUGUGAAGAGAGAACCUCCAUUGGCACCGCUACAGCGAUUGAUUUACAAGUUGUUCCUGGUAUCAGAACCAUUGACACCAAAAUAAAAAGGAUGGAGAUCAAACUGGAAGAUAUUCUCUACAUCCUCAAAUGCAGCAAUCGUGGCUGGUUACCAUGGUGAGAAAUGGUGGAGGUCGCUCUCAAGGAGAUUCUCAACAUCCUCAAUAACAAAUUUUGUGGCUAGUAGGAGAUAUCUGCAGACGACAGGAAAGAUGACUUACUGCCAACGGACAAACUGAACACACAUCAACUGACUGAGCAUCUGAGAACAGCACCGUGAAGGAAGAACAAGAAAACAAUACUCAUUAAAGACUAAAUAAUGUUUUUAACUCUAGUCUGUAAAACCUCCUCCCAACGGUGAAGCAUGUCGGUUUCAGAGAUGAGUUGUUUCUUUAGAAAGAUGGAGGAUGAUGAGUUGGUCUGUUGUUCUGUCUUCAUUUCCCUGAAUCUGUCCAGCUGAUGUCAACACGAC